ACCGGUGCGGCAGCCUCCCUGCCAGAUUACCGCUGCCCAGUCCAUACUGUAUGGGUUUUACCUUAAAGAGCAGGGAAGUUUGAGCUCUUAUCGGUUACUUGCUAGCUAGCUAGAUUGCUAUCCACAACCAUGGCAGAUAAAAGCACCAUGAAUACUGCCACUAAUAAUGCCAAGGGUACUACCGGUACAUGUACUAGUACAGAAUCUCCUCUUCUGUCAGCCACUGAUGACGGCCUUUCGAUCCAAGGCAUUCUCCCUUUUAUUGGUGUUGGACAGUAUGCUUUCGUGGGGGCUGUCAACAAGAAGAUGAAUCGACUAUACAAAGAGUACUGCAAAGUUGAACUCAACAAAAAUCCAAGAAAGGUUAAGUCUAACCCUGGAGAUUAUUCUGUCAGGCGCUCUGCAGAAAUCACCGACACUCUUUGCAGUGAAACAUUCUGUAAUCUACCCCGUGCAGAAUACUGGCUCAAGGAUAAUUCCGACCAUAAGAAACCUGUCGAUCGUCUUGUUUGCACUGCCAUUGCCGCAGUUGGAAAUAUUAUGGUCAUGAAAUGGGCACGGCAACAAGGAUUCCCAUGGGAUGUAAAUACAUGUGCUAAAGCUGCUCAACAUGGACAUUUGGAAAUGCUCCAAUGGCUGCAUGCAAAUGGGUGCCCAUGGGAUGGAUAUACAUGUGCUCGUGCUGCUGAAGGUGGCCACUUGGAAAUUCUGAAGUGGGCUCGUGAAAAUGGUUGUCCAUGGGAUGGAUAUACAUGUCAUUAUGCUGCUGCAAAUGGGCAUUUGGAGGUUUUGAAGUGGGCUCGUGAAAAUGGUUGUCCAUGGAAUUGGCAGACAUGUAGCUAUGCUGCUGGAAAUGGGAAUUUGGAAAUUCUAAAGUGGGCUCGUGAAAAUGGCUGUCCAUGGGAUGAGUAUACAUGUACACGUGCUGCUACAGGUGGACACUUGGAGGUUUUGAAGUGGUUACGAGAGAAUGGUUGUCCAUGGAAUUAUCACACAUGUGCCGUUGCUGCUGGAAAUGGGAAUUUGGAAAUUCUAAAGUGGGCUCAUGAAAAUGGUUGUCCAUGGGAUGAAGAUACAUGUCAUUAUGCUGCACAAAAUGGCCAUUUGGAAAUUGUAAAGUGGGCUCGUGAAAAUGAGUGUCCAUGGGAUGAACGAACAUGUGCUCAAGCUGCUGAAGGAGGACAUUUGGAUGUUUUGAAGUGGUUACGAGAGAAUGGUUGUCCCUGGGAUGCAGGGACAUGUACCCAUGCUGCUCGAUCUGGACAUUUGGAAAUUUUGAAGUGGGCUCGUGAAAAUGGUUGUCCAUGGGAUGAGCAGACAUUUAGAGCUGCCGGCAAAAGAGACGUGAUCCAGUGGCUACGUGACAAUGGCUGCCCUGGGUCUCAUGGUGAAGGACUCUAGGAUGAGUCUGUGAACCAAAAUGGCAACGUGUCAACAUGGUCUCUUCAAUGGCAUCCUUAUCAGUGAUCGUCUUGUCCGGUUACAGGAUGGCCCUAGCAAGAGGCCAUCACAGACCGUUUCAAAUCUAAUUAUAGGACUUAUCCCUCCGGGGACUUUGUAAUUCCUAAACUAAUAAAAGAUCUUCUUGUCCAUC